CUUGCCAGCAUUUGUACUGGAUUUCUUCGAAUUCAAACGCAGAAGUGACUCGUUUCUCGAGGCGGCUUGUAAUCAGCUUAUUGAUCUCAAUUUUUCCUGCUUAAAUUGCGAAUUAUUGCAAUAAAUCCUCAUCUACUCUAUUCUCUGUACUAAGUUAGAUUAGAAGAUAGUGGUGAUUUGUAAUUUUGUAGCCCAUUUACAGUGGUUUUUGAUAUAGAACACUCUGAGAGACAGCCAGGAUGCCGGAGAAUGAUAGAAUGAACGCCUUCAAGAACCAUGCGAAGCAUGAGACAAUGAGACUUCGGCGUCAGGAAGUGACUGUGGAGCUCCGGAAGAACAAAAAGGAUGACCAGAUGAUGAAGAGGCGCAACAUUGAGCUCGAUGAAUCUCUGUCACCGCAGAAGGAUGCGGCCCAACUGGAGAGCACCCUCAGUCUGGAUCAAAUUGUGUCCGGACUCAGCAAUCCCAACGCAAAGAUUCGCUUUGAGGCGGUUCAGGCGGCUCGCAAGAUGCUUUCUCGGGAGCGCAACCCACCCAUCGACAUCAUGAUUGCUCACGGUAUCGUGCCCAAGUGCGUGGAGCUCCUGGGAAGCUUUCAAGAGCCCGACACGCAGUUCGAAGCUGCGUGGACGCUGACGAACAUCGCUUCCGGAACGACUCAGCAAACGAAGGCAGUGAUUGACGCCGGCUCGAUCCCGUGCUUCGUUGUCCUCAUGAGCUCGCCGUCCACCAAUGUGGCUGAGCAAGCUGUGUGGGCGCUGGGCAACAUCGCUGGCGACGGAGCGGAGGCGCGAGACAUCGUUCUGGAGAAGAACGUCGUGCCGGCGAUCAUGCAUCUUCUGUCCACGGAGCUUUCGCUGUCGUGCAAGCGCAACGUCGUCUGGCUGAUCUCCAAUCUCUGUCGCAACAAGCCGCCGGCUGUGGCAUUCGAUCACGUGCGCACUUUGCUGCCCACGGUCGCCCGACUGCUGAAUCACGACGACUCUCAGGUCCUCAGCGACACUUGCUGGGCUCUGUCGUACAUCACUGAUGACGACAACGCCAAGAUUCAGGCUGUUGUGGAGGCGGGCUGCGUUCCUCGCCUGUGCGAGCUCCUGGAGUCCAAGGAGCCUGCCAUCAUCACGCCGGCGCUGCGCAGUGUGGGCAACAUCGUAACGGGAACGGACUCCCAGACCGACGCUGUGAUCGCUUCGGGCGCCGUGGCUAAGCUGGCUAAGUUGCUGCGAUACCCAAAGUCGAGCAUUGUCAAGGAGGCAGCAUGGACUGUGAGCAACAUUACAGCAGGAAACCCGAAGCAGAUCCAGCACAUCAUCGACGCUGGCAUAAUUGGCGAUAUGAUUGAAGUGCUGGCGAGGGGAGAUUUCAAGUCGCAGAAGGAAGCCGCCUGGGCGAUCACGAACUUGACAACAGGCGCCACGAGUCAGCAAACUCUGCACGUGUUGAAUCACUAUGACUUCCUUAAGGCAUUCUCCGAUCUGCUCGAAUCGAAGGAUGUGCGCGUCGUGAAGGUUGUGCUCCAGGGUAUACUGAAUCUGCUGAUCGUGGCAGAUAAGGUGGACGGCAGAGAGGCGAUGUGCAUCAAGAUUGAAGAAAUCGGCGGCCUGGACAAAUUAGAGGCGCUGCAGAAUCACGAAAACACGGAGAUUUACCAGCGAGCGCUCACAAUCCUUGACACAUACUUUGCAGAUCCAGAUGCUGAAACUAAUACAAUGAAGCCGGCUGAACAAGAAGGCGCCUUUCAGUUUGACGCUGGAUCUUCUGGAACUCCUAAUGGAGGCUUUAAUUUCUGAGAGGCUCAACUUUAUCCAUAACAUCAUCCUUUCCCCCUGCGUGAAUCUGAAUUUCUCUCUGAAUUUUUAUAAGCUUAAGUACUCAAAUUGAAAAUGAAUUAUACUGUGGAUCAAUAUUAUUAGAUUUUUGGGCUAAACUCAGUUAAAUAGAUUUAUUUUGGUGCAAAUUCUUGGUGUACGAUUCAGUGGUUUUUCUUUUUACAAUUACUUUGGUCCAAAGUCAUUUCUGUAGAUGAAAAAGAAAUUGAAAUUCAUAGAGUGAAUUUCAACGCAAUUGUAGGAAGGAGAUUUGUGAAGACUUCUAACUGUAGCAAAGCAGAGAAAUCAACGAAAG